AUGAUGGUCCACUGCGCGGGGUGCGACAGGCCCAUCCUGGACCGGUUCCUGCUCAACGUGUUGGACCGAGCCUGGCACGCCAAGUGCGUCCAAUGCUGCGAGUGCCACUGUAACCUGACGGAGAAGUGCUUCUCGCGUGAUGGGAAGCUUUAUUGUAAAAUAGACUUUUUCAGGAGGUUUGGGACGAAGUGCGCGGGCUGCCUCCAAGGCAUCUCUCCCAGCGAUCUUGUGCGCAAGGCGCGCAGCAAGGUGUUCCACCUCAACUGCUUCACGUGCAUGGUGUGCAACAAGCAGCUGUCCACGGGCGAGGAGCUCUAUGUCAUCGACGAAAAUAAGUUUGUGUGCAAAGAAGACUACCUAAGCUCAGGGGCUAUCAAGGAAGUCAAUUUGAAUUCAGUGUCAUCAUGCACAGACAGAAGUUUAUCGCCGGACCUCCAGGACCCGAUACAGGACGACACAAAAGAGACGGACAAUUCCAUGUCCUCGGAUAAGGACAUGAACAAUAACGAGAAUGAGGAGCAGAAUUCGGGCACGAAGCGGCGAGGCCCGCGGACCACCAUCAAAGCCAAGCAGCUGGAGACGCUGAAGGCUGCCUUCGUGGCCACGCCGAAACCCACACGGCACAUUCGGGAACAGUUGGCCCAGGAGACUGGACUCAACAUGCGGGUUAUACAGGUGUGGUUCCAGAACCGUCGAUCUAAGGAGAGGAGGAUGAAGCAGCUGAGUGCUCUGGGGGCCCGGCGGCACGCCUUCUUCAGAGGGCCCCGGAGGAUGAGGCCCCUGGGAGGACGACUGGAGGACCCAGACAUACUGGGGCCUGGGGCCUAUGGAUACUACACAGAGUACCAGGGCGACUACUACGGAGGAGGGGGAAACUAUGACUUCUUCCCCCACGGCCCUCCCUCCUCUCAGGCUCAGUCUCCAGCAGAAUCCCCCUAUAUCCAUGGAGGGGCCAUGGAGGGCUCUGUGUCAGCCCACCACCCCUCUGAUGACCAGAGGUUCACGGACAUGAUCUCCCACGCAGACACCCCCAGCCCUGAGCCCGGCCUGCCCAGCUCCCUGCAGCCCGUCCCUGGGGAGGUGUAUGGAGGGGGGCCCAGCCCACCCUUCUCCCUGGCUAGUAACUCUAGCUACAGCGCCCCCAUGUCCCACCCCGGACAGGAGAUGGGAGAGACCACCGUCUGGUAGACUAGAGGGGGGACGUCUAGAUCUGGGAUCAGGGUUUGGGGGUGGGUGUGAACUUCCCAGUCAAUUCAGGAGAUGAACUUGAAGACGUUAUGAAUGAGUUAUUAUGAAUUGAAAAGUGCCGUUUAUGUAUUUGUUCAUUGGGAUUUUGAAUUGGCUUGCUGAAUUGAUGGAAUG